AUGAGACGAGAGGAACAGGAGGCAGAACCAGAUGAAGAUUUCCGUCUGCUGGGCGAGCAUCCCAUGCCACCUCAGGCACCUUAUAUAUUUUCAGACUAUUCACUGUCUACCAACAAUAGCCAUGAGCCAUUCAAAUCAACCGAAAUGUUGGAUCGCAACGAUAAAGACGAAAAGACAGACCAGACAGCAACUCAAGGCAAGAAAGCAGGACACAAGAGCAGCCUGUUCUCGUGGCUGCAUCUAGCACAACGACGAAACAAGCAAAACGAAAAUGAGCCUCGCAUUAUCCACAUCAACCAACCUCAACUGAACCAGAGAUUCAUGCAAAACGGCGUUUCCACAGCCAAGUACAAUCCCAUUACAUUUCUCCCCAAGUUUUUGUACGUUGAAUUCAGCAAAUCAGCAAACCUCUUCUUUUUGUUUAUAUCCGGUAUUCAGCAAAUACCAAACAUUUCACCCACAUCUCGCUAUACCACGCUGAUACCGCUGAUUAUUGUGCUUUUGAUCACUGCGAUCAAAGAAAUCAUUGAAGACUAUGGCGUACACAAGUCGGAUCAUCAGCUGAACGCUCGUCAGUGCAAGAUUUACGAUGGCAGCCAAUUUGUCUCUAAGAAAUGGAGAGAUGUGAAAGUGGGCGAUAUCUGUCGUAUUGAGAGCAAAGAGUUUUUUCCAGCAGAUCUAAUUCUAUUGAGCUCAUCCGAGCCAGAGGGUCUGUGCUACAUUGAAACCAGUAAUUUAGAUGGUGAAGUGAACCUAAAAAUCAAGCAAGCCCUACCUGAAACAGCCUCCUAUCUGUCUCCCUCUGAUGUGAGCCGCCUGUCUGGCGUCUUGAAGUGUGAGCAGCCUAACAAUCGGCUGUACAAUUACGACGGAACAUUGGGACUCACGAUCGAUGGUAAAACAAAGGAUUUUCCGCUGGAUCCAUCAAAGCUGCUCCUGAGAGGGGCCCAGCUAAGAAACACGAGCUGGAUCUAUGGCUUUGUUGUGUUUACAGGCCACGAAACCAAGUUGAUGCUGAAUUCAAGCAAAAAACCAACAAAGGCAUCCAACGUCACUCGUAUCACCAACCGCAAUAUAUUAUACCUGUUUACCAUGCUCGUGAUUAUGAGCAUCCUGUGUUCCGUUGGAAAUCUUGUUACGUCCACCAGAGCAGGAGAUCAAUGGAGCUACCUGCAGAUACCAGCAACAGAGCGUGCAAGAGAAUUUGGUUUCUGCAUCCUGACAUUUAUGAUUCUCUUCAACAGUUUUAUUCCCAUCAGUUUGAUGGUCACCAUGGAGAUUGUCAAGUUUGUGCAGUCCAUCAUGAUUGACAAUGAUCUCGACAUCUACUAUGCAAAAACCGAUACACCCGCAGUGGCAAGAAGCAGCAGCUUGAUUGAAGAGUUGGGACAAGUGGAAUACGUGUUUUCAGACAAAACCGGUACCUUGACAUGCAACGAGAUGGAAUUCAGAGAAUGUUCUAUUGCGGGUCUAUCUUACGCUACCACAGCUGAUCCAGAGAGACGACCUACAUCAAAUAACGAUUCAAAUGGGCAGUACUCGUUCACGCAGCUGGAGGAGCAUUUACAAAACUCGCAGCAUGCACACAUUAUACAUGAAUUCAUGACCUCCUUGAUGACUUGCCACACUGUGAUUCCCGAAGUCGUCAAGGAUUCCAAUGAAAUUGUCUAUCAAGCAUCGUCUCCUGAUGAGGGUGCUCUGGUGCAAGGUGCAAGUGAGAUAUUCAAAUAUCACUUCUAUGCAAGACGACCCCAUUCGAUUUACUGCAAGGUUCAGGAUCAAGAGGUUGAGUUUACUAUCUUGAAUGUCUGCGAAUUCAACUCGACACGAAAGAGAAUGUCGCUUGUGUUGAAGGGUCCCGAUGGUAGGAUCAAGCUGUAUUGCAAAGGCGCUGAUUCCGUGAUACUGGAGAGACUGACACCCAAUGACCCAUUUGAAGAGCAAACACUGCAUCAUUUGGAAGAAUUUGCUUCUGAGGGCCUUCGUACACUCUGCUAUGCCAUGCGAGAGAUUUCACAGCAGGAAUACGAAAACUGGUCGACUAUUUACGAUGCUGCAGCAACGACACUGACCAAUCGAGCCGAAGCACUGGACAAAGCAGCCGAGAUGAUUGAAAAGGACAUGACCUUAUUAGGCGCCACAGCCAUCGAAGACAAGCUCCAAGACGGGGUUCCUGAUACGAUUCAUACGCUUCAACAAGCCAAUAUCAAAGUGUGGGUCUUGACGGGCGAUCGGCAAGAAACAGCCAUCAACAUUGGAUACAGUUGCAAACUACUAACAGAGGAAAUGGAUCUCUUGAUUUGCAACAAGGACAAUUAUGCAUCGACAGAAGGCUUCUUGGCACAAAAAUUGAAUGAACUGGAGCAUGAUACCACCAAGAACUCUGAUAUGGCCGAAGUGCACGCACUGGUCAUUGAAGGCAAAGCACUGACUUUUGCACUGGAAAAAGACAUGGAACGUCUGUUUUACGAUGUAGCCACGCGAUGUAAAGCAGUUAUUUGUUGUCGUGUGUCUCCGUUGCAGAAAGCGCUUGUGGUGAAACUGGUCAAAAAGUACUCCAACUCCAUCUUGUUGGCUAUCGGUGAUGGCGCCAAUGAUGUGUCCAUGAUCCAAGCUGCUCAUGUGGGCGUUGGUAUCAGCGGUGUGGAAGGACUGCAAGCGGCCCGCAGUGCAGAUUUUGCAAUCUCUCAAUUCAGAUUUCUCAAAAAGCUGUUGCUGGUGCAUGGCUCGUGGGCAUAUCAAAGACUGAGCAAAAUGAUAUUCUACUAUUUCUACAAGAAUGUUGCCUUGUAUCUAACGCAAUUUUGGUAUGCUAUCUUCAAUGGCUUCUCGGGCCAGACACUGUAUGAAUCAUGGACCAUGUCCUGCUUCAAUGUCUUUUUCACCAUCUUACCUCCCAUGGCUAUUGGAAUCUAUGAUCAAUUUGCCUCAGCUCGGCUGUUGGACAAGUACCCUCAAAUUUACAUUUUGGGACAAAAGAACGAAUUCUUUAACCAGAAGCGGUUCUGGGGAUGGAUCAUGAAUGCCGUAUAUCACUCUGCUCUGCUGUUCUUUUUAGGCAUGGCCGCUUUCAGACGAGACGAAGUGUUUGGGGGACUUGGUUGGUCUGGCGGGCAGUGGUGGGUGGGCACCACCAUCUUUACUGCAACAUUAGCAACGAUCCUAUGGAAGGCUGCGUUGAUUACAGAUAUAUGGACAAAAUAUACAGUGAUAGCUAUACCGGGAUCCAUGGUGAUUUGGUUCAUAUUCAUGCCUUUGGUAUCGUACGUUGGACCACUCUUACCUUGGGGCAUCUUUAUGGAGUACAUUGGCAUAGUGCCUCGCUUGUUUGGCAAUGUAAAUUACUGGCUGUUCUUUAUCUUGGUGCCAUUAGCAUGCAAUUUGAGAGAUUUCUUAUGGAAAUAUUAUAAACGCAUGUAUAGAACCAAAAGCUAUCAUUACAUUCAAGAGAUACAAAAGAUGAAUUUGCCUGACUACCGUCCUCGCAUGGAUCGCUUUAGGCAGGCUGUUAACAAGGUCAGAAAAAUUCAACGGUUGAAGCAAUCCCGAGGCUACGCCUUUUCACAGAAUGAUUCAGAUCAAACCAAGAUCAUUCGCAUGUACGAUACUACACAACAAAAACCCUCAGGCUAA